GGUUAAAGGGCAGAUUGGAUAUUCAGUGAUGGAAGAGCUUGAAAAAGGCACAGCAGUUGGGAAUUUAGCCCACGAUCUGCAAAUGGACCCUAGGAGCCUUUUCAAUCGUAAGUUCCAGAUCAAUUUUGAUACUAAGACUCAGUAUUUUGAUAUUAACACCAAAACUGGAAUUCUGUUUAUUCGUAACAAAAUAGACAGAGAUGAACUUUGUGGCAGCAGCAUGACCUGUGAGAUAAAACUAGGAAUUGUUCUGGACAUACCGCUUGAGGUUUUUCAAAUAGAAAUACAAGUUUUGGAUAUGAAUGACAAUUCUCCAGUUUUUCCAAAAGAUAAAACUAUUUUAAAAAUUGUGGAGUCAUCUGUUCCUGAUGCAGAGUUUCCAUUAGAAGCUGCUUAUGAUCCAGAUGUGGGCUCUAAUUCAUUGUGCUCAUAUGAGCUGAGCCCAAGUGCCUUUUUCAGUAUAGAAAGUCCUUUCGAGUAUAAAAGCAAAUCUUUGGUGUUAGUCUUGAAUCAGGCAUUGGAUCGGGAAGAGCAAUCGUUUCAUCUAUUAACUCUCACAGCCGCAGACUGUGGGACUCCAAAGAGAUCAGGGACAACCCAAAUAACAAUAUUUGUUCAAGAUGCAAAUGAUAAUGCCCCUACAUUUAGCCAUCCGAUAUAUAGGGUUUCCAUACCAGAAAAUUAUGCAGUAGGCAGCCUAAUAGUAGUCCUAAAGGCUACUGAUUUGGAUGAAGGGGAAAAUGGAAUGAUUGAAUAUUCAUUUAGCAGCAUUGCCCCUCUAAAUAUUAGGCAGCUAUUUAAAAUAGAGAAUAACAGUGGGAAAGUCCGGCUGAAAGGUCUCCUUGAUUAUGAGGAUAAAAAACAUUAUGAAAUACAUGUCCAAGCUAAGGACACUGCACAGCUGCCAAUGACAGGUCACUGUAAAGUGAUCAUAGUUGUAACUGAUGUGAAUGACAAUGCCCCAGAAAUUAGAAUAUCUUCACUGACAGGUACAGUAAAAGAAGACUCAAAUCCAGGCUUUGUGAUUGCCCUUUUUACUGUUACAGACAAGGAUUCAGGGUCAAAUGGCAAAGUCAGAUGCCAAAUACCAGGUAACCUGCCAUUUUAUUUGGAUUCCAAAUUUUCCAACUAUUAUUCAUUGGUUCUGAAACACAAUCUGGAUAGGGAAUUGGUGGCAGAGUAUAAUGUUCCCAUUUCAGCAACAGAUGAUGGAAAACCUGCAUUAUCUGCUACAGCUUAUAUACAUUUUUCAGUAGAUGAUAUAAAUGACAACCCGCCUCUUUUUACAGAGGAAUUAUAUUUUUUUUCUAUAGCAGAGAAUAUUCUUCCAGGGUCCUUGAUUUUUCAGGUUUCUGCUUCAGAUGAAGACUCUGGUAAGAAUGCUCAGAUUCAUUAUGCUUUGCUACAAUCAUAUGUGGAAGGAAAGUCUGUUUCCCACUUUAUCUCUAUCAAUCCUGAUUCAGGAAAUUUGUUUUCAUUGAAUUCCUUUGACUAUGAAAAGACACAAAUGGUUCAAUUCCAAGUUGAAGCUAAAGAUCAUGGUUUGCCGUCCUUGAGCAACACGGCAAACAUCACUGUGUUUAUUCAGGACCAGAAUGAUAAUUCACCUGAAGUGCUCCCUCCUUUGCCUAUCAGUGAAAUGGUGUGGAGAUCAAUGAAGGUUGGACAUCUGGUAACAAAGCUGAGGGCAAUAGAUGCAGAUUCCGGCUAUAAUGCUUGGCUUACCUAUGAAGUGGACCCAACUUCAAAUACAACCCUAUUUAGUAUCGACAGUUAUUCGGGAGAGAUAAGAAUUGCACGCAGUAUCAAAGAGACAGAGGAAACUAUGCACAAGUUGCUGAUACUUGUGAAAGACCAUGGACAACCUCCUAAAUCAACACUAACCACUAUAGUGAUAAAUAUUGUGGACACUAGUGAAAAAAAAGCUAAUGAUUAUAUUAUGGUAGUCAAGAGUGAACAUCAAACCACAGGUCCAUCUGAGCAUCUAAUAAUUGCUAUUGCUGUCAUAUUAAGCACACUUGUCUUUAUAGUCAUAUUUUACAAAGGGUUUCAAAUCUAUAUGGUUUUUAAGGAUAUGGACAGGCAACAUAGGACUGAGGACUUUGAGUAUGUAAGAAAUGACUGGACUCUCUUUCACCACCAAAAAUGCAGCUCAGGAAUCACUCCUCUGUACUUUACUUCACAUAGAGACAAUAAUACAACUUUAACCCUCCAUCGGGCAUCGUUCAAUUCCAGCGAUAGACGAAUAGCUGAGCAACUGGUGCUGGAUAAUAAAGAUCAAGGGGAAACAAGUAGAGAUUUUGAGGGUACAACCUAUACAGUCAUGACAGAACUCAAUGGAAGGGAGUCCACUGUGCUGGGGAAAGAAUGGCUAAGAGGUUGGACGAGUGUUCUAGGCAAGGUGGAUGAGAUAAAGAAUUAUGGGGAAGUUAAGUCUGCUACAAUGGCUCGUACCCGCCGGGGUUGUACGGUUGUGCCGACCCUCCGAUUGCUGCUCAUAUUAUUGGGCUUCGCGUCAGGGCAGCUGAGAUACUCAGUAAGGGAGGAGCUCAGUCACGGGGCGUUUGUGGGGAACGUGGUGAAGGACUUGGGUUUGGACCUCAGACUAUUACCCUCCCGGGGCUUCCGAAUCGCCUCCGGCAACAGCAAACAGUAUUUCGACGUCAAUAUCGGUAACGGGGUUUUAUUUGUCAACCGGACCAUAGACCGGGAAACUCUGUGCGACCCCGGCCCCCCCUGUGUCAUCAACCUGGAGGUGGUUGUGGGAAACCCCGUGGAGGUGCACAACAUCGAAGUGGAGAUACUAGACAUUAACGACAACGCUCCUAAAUUCCCUAGAAACGAAUAUUAUUUGGAGAUCAGCGAAUCUGCUGUCCCUGGGGCCCGGUUUCCUAUAGAAAGUGCUCAGGAUCCUGACUUGGGGACCAACUCUAUUCAAACUUACAAGCUCAGUGACAAUGAGUAUUUUAGUUUGGAUUUAAAGACUUUCAAUGGGAACAGCAAGUUGAUUGAGAUUGUGCUUCAAAAGCCCUUGGACAGGGAGCAGAAGUCUCUCCAUCGGUUGGUCCUCACUGCUGUAGAUGGGGGCUCUCCUGCUAAAUCCGCCACCGCCCAAGUAUCCGUACGUGUGAUGGACACUAAUGACAAUACGCCAUACUUUGAUAAAUCUACUUACAAGGCUAGUCUGCCUGAAAAUUCCCUGGCAGGCACAUUAGUCAUUAAGUUGAAUGCCAUCGAUCCAGACGAAGGGACGAAUGGACAGGUCACAUAUUCAUUCAGCAGUUACACUCCGCAGAAAGUUAAACAACUGUUCACCCUCGACCCCCAGAAAGGAGAGAUACGUAUGAACGGUGAGGUGGAUUACGAAAAGGCAUCAGAAUAUGAUAUUUAUGUUCAGGCCACUGACAAAGGCUCUGUGCCUAUGGCUGGCCAUUGCAAAGUGCUGGUGGAGGUUGUGGAUGUCAAUGACAACGCUCCAGAAAUAGUGGUCACCUCCAAUUACUCGCCCGUAGCUGAGAAUGCUCAAGAUCAGACAGUUGUUGCGUUAAUGAGUGUAACAGAUCAAGAUUCUGGGAUGAACAAACAGGUCAGUCUCACAAUACAACCCAACAUCCCCUUUAAACUGACAUCUUUUAAGAACACCUACAAACUGGUAACGGAUGGUAAACUGGACAGGGAGAAGUCGCCUUCCUACAAUAUAACCGUGACAGCCACAGAUUCCGGGAUUCCUCCUUUGUCUACUCAGAAAACUCUGUAUGUGGAAGUGUCCGAUGUCAAUGACAACCCCCCUACAUUUGAGGAAUCUUCUUACUCUAUUUAUAUCACGGAAAACAAUGCCCCAGGGGUGUCCCUCAUUUCAGUGAAAGCCACAGAUCCAGAUUCCAAUGAAAACUCAUUCGUUUCCUAUUCACUUCUAAGAGGGGAUAUCGAAGGGCUACCGGUCAGUUCUUACGUCUCGAUCAAAUCGGACAACGGAACUAUCUACGCUGUACAUUCCUUUGACUAUGAAAAAGUGAGGGAAUUCCAUUUUGUUGUUCAAGCACAAGAUGCAGGGAACCCGCCACUUAGCAGCUCUGCGACUGUAAAUAUUUUUGUCAUAGAUCAGAAUGACCAUGCGCCAACCAUCUUGUACCCAUCUGCCACCAAUGGUUCCACUGAGAUGAUACCUCGAACGGCUAAUGUUGGUUAUCUUGUCGCCAAAGUGAUCGCCAUUGAUUUGGACUCAGGUCAAAAUGCUUGGUUGUUUUACAACCUGUCUCAAGCCGCAGACUCAAAACUUUUCCAAGUGGAGUUACAUACAGGUGAGAUAAGGACUACACGGAAAGUCAUAGAUGACAGUAUUACUAACUACAACAUAACUGUUCUUGUACGAGAUAAUGGCCAACCACCACUUUCUUCCUCUGCCACUAUAAGUGUUGUGGUUGUAGACAGGGUUUCAAAAACCCCGCCUGACACUCAGAGACAUGUUCAAAAUGCCACCAACCUCUCUGAAAUAACCAUUUACUUGAUCGUUGCCUUGUGCUCAAUUUCAUUUGUAUUCCUUUUGACCAUAAUUGUUCUAAUUAUUAUUAAAUGCUACAAAUGCAGUGAGCCUGGGGGUUGUUGUGCUGGGGCCUGUGGAUACUCACAGCCAAACCCUGCUGACAUAUAUAAGCAGGCAAACAAUAACAUUGAAACUAGAUUGCCACCUGGUUUAAAGGUACAGCCACACUUUAUUGAAGUUAGAGGGAACGGGUCCCUUACAAAAACUUACUGCUACAAGGCCUGCUUGACAGCUGGAUCAGGAAGUGACACUUUUAUGUUCUAUAACACGGGAGCCGGUCCCAUUGUGCCUGCCACUCAGGCGGUGGUUGCAGACAGACACGUGACAGCACAAAACAGACACAGCGUGCAAAACCUGAUCAUUUUGAAAAGUGAAACCACAACACCAGUUGAGCCCAAACAGCCUCAUCCAGACUGGCGUUACUCUGCUUCACUCAGAGCUGCAAUGCAGGGCGCUGUGCACAUGGAAGGAGCAGCAGUUUUACACAGAGGGGUUGGAGGUCUCGAGCAGCAAUGGCCGACAGUGUCCAGUGCAACAACAGAACCUGAAGGAGGAGAAGUAUCUCCCCCUGUUGGAGCUGGCGUAAACUGCAACAGUUGGACCUUCAAGUAUGGCCCGGGUAAUCCCAAACAACCAGUGCCACAAAUCCCCCCCGAUUUCCCAGAGAACUUCAUCAUCCCUGGAUCACCAGCCAUUAUCUCAAUCCGUCAGGACCAGCCAUCCGCUCCAGGCCACAAAAGCAACUUCAUAACAUUUGGUAAGAAGGAGGAGACCAAGAAGAAGAAGAAAAAGAAGAGGGGGAACAAGAAUCAAGACAAAGGGAAUAAUGCCGCUGACAACAACGAUCAAUGAAAGGAUAAUGAAGCCAAUUAUUUACCCAUUUUUGUAAGAAAUAAUGUAGCAACUUCUAAAUUCUUCCUACUGUUGAUGCACCUUCGUAUAAACAAAGACUUCAACAUUCACGCCUAAAAAUGGUUACUGUCUGUCUAUAUUAUUUACCAGAUUAUGUCUUAAAGCUUUAUUCUGUCAAAUGUUAGUCAUAUCCAGCAGUUGUUUCUCGCAUCCAAAGAACACAGUUGCAAUUUUGUGCAUAUGAAACAGUAAGUGACUGUUAAUGCCAAUGUCUAUGUAAAUAGAGUAUAAUAAAGAGUAACACGUUAUAUUCAGGCAUCCAUGCUAGGUAGAAAAUACAUAAAGGAUAGAUUUUAGCUGCAAUGCUGUCAGUAAUAAGAAAAUGUGCUGAAACGAGACAAAACAGAGGAAAUGGAAAACAUGAAUUGUAGAAACAUGAAAGGGCGAUGUUUGUUAUAGAUAUCAUUUGCUCUAGAUAAACUACAUAGAUCACAGAUAAAAUACAUAAACAGUUUUUAGAGGGCUUGUGGCAAGGUUGAUGGAAAGUCAGGUCAAAUAUAGGCAUCGGAUUCUAUACUGCUGAAUAAGCAAAAUGGAGCAGAGCACAACAGACAUCACCAUUGUUGCCUUUAUUCAGACAAGUCAAAAUAUAAUGCUAGUGGGUAGUAUGCCUGAUUUGUCUCAAUAAUGGCACCAUUUUGCAUUUUGGUAUGUUUUGCUCAUUAUUGAUGGGCAAAGGAGCUAGUUAUACAAGCAUUCUUUUCUGGGUGUAAGCUUCUGUUGUGGCAAAAUCCAUUGCUAAAAAAAUUCCCUGGCUUUUGAAAUAAACAAGCCAUCACCCUUUCAUCAGGUUAACUGAGCUCCAAAAAUGGCACUCAACAUUCAACCAACUUGUUACUUACGCAUCUCUCUCUAUGGGGCAAAUUCACUAAGCGCCGAAGUGCCGAACGCUAGCGUUAAUUCGCUAGCGUUUGGCAUUUUCGUUACUGCGCAA